AUGCCGGUUAACGACCCAGUAGCAGACAUGCUGACCCGGAUUCGUAACGGGAUUCACGCCCGCCAUGAAUCAGUAUUGGUGCCUCAUUCCAAGCUCAAGGCUGCGGUGGCCACAAUUCUGAAAGAACAGGGUUAUAUCAGGGACUAUGAUAUGCCCAGAGGCCACCAGUUUCCCACUAUGCGAGUGCAUCUGGCCUAUCGGACCGGCAGGGAACCGGUUAUCAGUGGACUCAAGCGCGUGAGCAAGCCCGGUCUCCGGGUUUACGUCGGGAAGGGCGAGAUACCCAGAGUAUUCGGCGGGCUAGGUGUGGCCAUAUUAUCCACCUCAAGAGGUGUUAUGGGCGGGCGCCAGGCCUGGCGACUCGGCAUUGGAGGAGAAUUACUCUGUUAUGUCUGGUAA